AUGGAGCGGCUCCAAGAAACACCCCACGGAGAUGGGAAUCUCAAGGCCGCCCCAGAUCCCGGACACGGAGGCGGCAAUGGCGGCUGCAUCGCUCCCAGUGGCACCCUCCCCUGCGGCUGGCUCGGCCGCCUGUCCCGCGAGCUGCAUUGGAGCUUCGUGCUCGCCGUCGUCGCCGUCUACGGCGCCUGCCAGGGCGUCGGCUCCUCAUUCGGCAGCGUCGCCGCGGGGUACUACUGGAAGGACGUGCAGCGCGUGCAGCCGGCCGCCUCGCAGUUCUACCAGGGCGUUGUCAACGUUCCCUGGGUCGUCAAGCCCCUCUGGGGCCUCUUCACCGACGUCGUCCCCGUCGCCGGCUACCGCCGCCGCCCGUACCUCCUCCUCGCAGGCGUCAUGGGCGUGUCAUCCAUGCUCACGCUUGCUCUGCGCCGCACGCCGGCGAUCGCACCGGCAUUGGUGGCGUUCACGACGCAGGCCGCGGGCGCCGCCAUAGCCGACGUGGUGGUGGACGCCAUGGUCGCGCAGAACAGCAUAAGCCACCCUCCGCUCGCCGCCGACAUGCAGAGCCUGUGCGGGUAUUGCUCCUCCGCCGGCGCAUUGGUGGGGUACUCCAUCAGCGGUCUCGUCGUCCAUGCAAUAGGUUCCCAGGGGGCUCUUGGCUUGCUGAGCAUCCCCUCCGUGCUCGUAUUUUCGGCCGGGAUUCUCGUCAAGGAGGACCGGGCCAAGGAUUUCGAGUACAACCAGGUUCACAGGAAGUUCUACGAAGCAGUUGAAUCAAUGUGGGAAACAUUGAAGUGCCCGCAGGUCUGGAGGCCGUGUGUUUACAUGUUCUUAAUGUUCGUGCUAAGCCCGGACAUCCAAGGAGGGCUGUUCUACUGGUACACAGAUUCGAGUACCGGACUCGCAUUUUCCGAGGGAUUCAUUGGUCUCAUCUACUCGAUAGGCUCAGUCGGGUCGCUGCUCGGCGUCCUGCUCUACCAGAACAUGCUCAAGGACUACCCGUUCCGCGGCCUGCUGCUAUGGGGCCAGCUGCUGGCCUGCCUGUCCGGGAUGAUCGACCUGGUGCUGGUCACCAGGCUGAACCUGAGGCUCGGCAUGCCGGACUACCUCUUCGCCGUGAUGGACAACAGCGUGUCCCAGCUGAUCGGCCAGCUGAAAUGGCUGCCGCUCCUCGUGCUCUGCUCCAAGCUCUGCCCCGUGGGGAUCGAGGGCACCUUCUUCGCCCUGCUCAUGUCCAUCCAGAACCUCGGCCUGCUCAUGUCCGCCUGGUGGGGCGGCCUCCUGCUGCACGCGCUGGGCGUGACGCGGACCGAGUUCGGGAACCUCUGGGUGGCCGUGCUGGCGAGGAACGCCAUGCGGCUGCUCCCGCUGGCGUUCCUGUUCCUGGUGCCUCGGAGCGACCAGAACUCGACCAUCCUUCCCGCGGAGAUGCUGCUUGCGGACGGAGGUUCCCCGGGGGAUGUGGAACCAGGGGCGUCAGGUGCCAUCGAGUUUUCUGUCCUCCAUGGAGAUGAACAUACUGAAUUUGUUGAGACUGAGGAAGAGGAACUAGAGCUGACCCCGCUCAUGGAGAAGAUCUGA